ACUAAUAUACCUAUAACUAUGGCUUAAUGGUGAGGUGUAGCAGAGGAAAAAGAACUGUGAAGUGAGCAAUGUUGUUGCCUCAUAACAUGACACAAGAAAGGGAAUUAAAAUAAGGAAGGGAAAAAAUAAUGAGCAAGAACAUUUCUCUAUCAUAUUUGACCUCCAAAUGCACAUGGCUGCUUGGGUUUCUGUUCUAUUAGUUUUUGGUUUUUUAAAAGUUUUUGCCUUUACCCUCACAAGUUUACAAUCACAUGCUGUCCUCUCUCUUCUGCUCUGAGCUGACUCUCUCUUUCUCUCUCAUCUAUAGUGAUUGGCUACAUACAUGUUUCAGCUGUGUCAUUGAAUGCUUUUGACUCCAUAGUUGAAGAGAUUCCUCAGAUCUACAGGGCACCACUUUUCGACAUUGUCAGCCUCAAUUCUUCAUCUUUCUGGGCUCUUUUUUCCUCACUCGCUUUAACUCCUUCAACAAUUCAUUCUCAUGACAUGAUUUACAAUCAUAUACAAGCUGGCACUAGCGCUCUGGCUUAUAGAUAAAGCCAAGAAUUAAGCAUUGACCAGUGCUUCUUGAGAUGCAAGUGCUAAUGGAUUGAAGGAAGAAAAUUGGAUGCUAUCAGUUUGUUUUCAAUGGUUUGUGAGAUGGAAAGUGAUUGUAUUGAAGACAUGGACGUUGAAGUCCUCUCUUCAAUGUGGCCAGAAGAUAUUGGCUCUGAUGUUGGAAAACAGUUCAAUAUAGAGAAGCCUGGAAGGGACCAAGAUAUGUUGGAGGAAGUAACAAUCUUAGAGGAGCCAACUAUAGCUGAUUUUCAGCGUCUCAUGGAGCUUACAAAUUACACAGAUAAAGGGUCUUCUCAGCUGGCAUAUCUCAUGCAACACUGGGAGUAUAAGCAGGCUAAUGCAGUUCGGCUUCUCAGAGAGGAACUCGACAACCUUAGCAAACAAAGACAGGAAGUUGAGCUCAGAAAAUUGGAGAUACUGAAAGACAAUCGGUUUGAGGAAGAGAAUUAUGGAGGUGACAAACGACCAGUUUCUAUAUUGGAUGAGAUUUACUACACAUGGCAAGAUGUUCCAGUGCCACUCAGGAAAAGUGAUGUGGUUGUGCAGAACAAGAGGAUUGAGAUUGAUGCUGAGUAUGACACUGUUGUGUAUUGGAAACAGCGGGCACUGCAGUUGGAAAAACAGUUGGAGGCAAGUGUCAACAGAGAGCAGAUACUAACAGACAAGUUGCAAGAAAGUAUAAAGAAUUUUGAAAGGCAAUCUUCACCAGUGGAAGAACUAACUCAGAUUCUGAAGAGAGCAGAUAAUUUCUUACAUUUUAUACUCCAAAAUGCACCUGUUGUUAUUGGCCAUCAGGACAAAGAGUUGCGAUAUCGCUUUAUCUACAAUCAUUUUCCAAGUUUACAAGAGGAGGACAUCAUAGGAAAAACUGAUGUUGAAAUUUUCACUGGAUCCGGUGUUAAGGAGUCUCAAGAUUUCAAGAGGGAAGUGAUGGAGAAAGGGUUGCCUGCAAAGAAGGAAAUUACUUUUGAGACAGAACUAUUUGGGUCAAAGACAUUUUUGAUAUAUGUAGAACCUGUCUUUAGCAAAGCAGGGGAGACAAUUGGAAUAAAUUAUAUGGGAAUGGAAAUAACAGAUCAGGUAAGAAAAAGAGAAAGAAUGGCAAAGCUUAGGGAAGAGAUUGCAGUGCAGAAAGCCAAAGAAACAGAACUUAAUAAAACCAUUCACAUUACAGAGGAGACUAUGAGAGCAAAACAAAUGCUGGCAACAAUGUCUCAUGAGAUAAGAUCUCCACUAUCUGGAGUUGUUAGCAUGGCUGAAAUUCUUUCCACCACGAAACUUGAUCGGGAACAAAGACAGCUUUUGAAUGUCAUGAUAUCUUCAGGAGAUUUGGUUCUUCAACUUAUAAAUGACAUUCUUGAUCUUUCCAAGGUUGAGUCAGGAGUUAUGAAAUUGGAAGCAACCAAAUUCCGGCCAAGAGAGGUGGUAAAACAUGUACUCCAGACUGCUGCAGCAUCACUGCAGAAAAUGUUAACCUUAGAAGGAAAUGUAGCAGAUGAUAUACCUAUUGAGGUCAUUGGAGAUGUUUUGAGGAUUCGGCAGAUCCUCACAAAUUUAGUCAGCAAUGCUGUGAAGUUUACACAUGAAGGCAAAGUUGGUAUCAACCUUUACGUUGUUUCAGAGCCACCUUUUGCCAAAGCAGAAGGCCAUCAAAAGAUGGCCAUAGAUCAGUCUACAAAUUCAGCAAAUGGAGUGAAGGAAGAGAACUAUGCAUCAACACCACGAAGCAGCAGUGAUAAAAAUGGUCUUGAUGGUCAGAAACACAACGACCAUCCUAGCCAAAAUCAUUUAUUCAACGAUGAAUGUAGAUCUUCAGUUAAAAGUGAAUGCUCAAUGAAUGGAGAUACUGAGGAGCAAACUCAUUCUACUGAAACAACAGUGUGGAUACGUUGUGAUGUGUAUGACACAGGAAUUGGAAUACCAGAAAAGGCAAUACCUAAUUUAUUUAGAAGGUACAUGCAAGUAAGUGCAGACCAUGCUCGAAAAUAUGGUGGCACAGGUCUGGGACUGGCAAUAUGCAAACAACUGGUUGAGUUAAUGGGGGGUCAUUUAACAGUAUCUAGCAAAGAACAUUGUGGUUCUACCUUCACAUUCAUUCUUCCCUACAAAGUUUCAACGGGUUGUGAUAAUUCUGAUGACCCAGAUGAACUUUCAGAUGUGGAUGAUAAUGAGGAUGAUACCACAGAGGGGUUCUUCCAAUUCCAACCACGCACGCUAGGCUCUCUCUUCUCUUCUAAUGGACCUACCAGGCCCCAAAAUAUACUACCAGGUUUCAGAAGCUCAAACAAGUUCAAUGGAUUUUCAGAGAAUUCUUACUCAUUCCCCACUACAGACAUAAAAUCAAAAGGGACCAGUUCAACUGAGGAUGCAUCUUCAGUUGUUGUUGAUGCUCCUGAGAUGUAUGAAUCAACAAGUUCAUCAAACCAUAGCCCUCAAACGAAGAAUGAAAGUGCAGUUAACACCAACCAACAGAAUCAAGAUAAGGUACAUGCUCGGUUACAGAAUGGUAGUGUAGACUCUUCUCAACAUAAGGAGGCAAUCACACUAGGAACAAUGUCAAAUGAACUCCAACAAACAUGUGUCGUUAGUAGUAACAAUAACACUUCAUCAGAAGAAAUCAAAUCCUCAUCAGGGCCUAAGAUUCUUCUUGUUGAAGAUAACAAGAUCAAUGUCAUGGUGACACAGUCAAUGAUGAAGAGGUUAGGCUAUAGCAUGGAUGUUGUGAACAAUGGAGUGGAAGCUGUACGUGCAGUUCAACGCCAUACUUAUGAUGUCAUUUUGAUGGAUGUGUUCAUGCCAGUUAUGAAUGGUCUUCAAACAACAAAACUGAUUCGGUCUUAUGAGGAAACUGGCAAUUGGGAUGCUGCAAGAAAAGCUGGAAUUGAACAAUGCUUACCAAUUUCACAUGAAUGUUCUGCACCACCUAAAAACCGGAUCCACAUUGUUGCGAUGACAGCAAACACAAUGUCGGAGAGUGCUGAGGAGUGUUAUGCAAAUGGUAUGGACUCGUUUGUGUCAAAACCUGUUACAUUCCAAAAAUUGAAAGACUGUCUAGAACAGUAUCUGAGGUGAUGAUAAUAACAUGUAAAUUUUUGCUUGUGUAUAAAAGAAUAAGAGCCUAGGAAAGUUUUGCUAAGAAUGCACCAUGUUCUCUCCUCUUCAUCAGUGUCUACCUUAAAUUGUAUAGAUCUAAAACAUUCUUUUUCAUCUCUCGGAAUGCAUAAUAGCUGUUAGAAAGCUGAUAGGACUAGUUGGAGCGUGAAUGUAGAGGUUUUGGCAAUGUUGGCACUGCAAGAAAUCAUAAAGAGACACACUUUUGAAGUUGAUGGUAAUAUUUUACUUGCUGCUAGUAGAAAUUAUGAAGAGUUUGGUUCUAAAAUUAAAGGAGUGAAAAGGGUGUGUGAGAAUUUAUGUACAUGAAUGAUUUGAGUCUCCUGCAGUAUUGGACGAGGUGCAGUUAGGGAAAAGAAGAGAGUGUAGGACCCUGUGUAAUUUUGCAGGAGAUAUCAUCUCAAAUUCUCGACUUCAAUAUUUAUGCUCCAGAUCAUGUUUCUUCUAAA